AUGGUGUACACUUCGUUGACUGAGGUUCCUCGCAACCUCAAGGAGGGCAUUGAUUGGUUGUUGGCCGUGAAGGGAGAUGAUGCUGAAAAGAACUUGAAGGCUAUGAGUACUGCGAUUCACUUUUUCCUCAGAAGCCAGCCUACUGGAUCUACGAAGUUGCCGGCUCUUGAAAAAGUAAAAUAUGCUUCCGAGUUGUUCCUAAGGCGACAGGAGUUCAGAGACAAGCCAUUAGUGAAAGAACUGCUGAAACGGUUCGCUGGAACUAAGACGAAGAACCCCACUAAGCUCGCUGCGAUCUUAGAAAACGUCGAGGAAUGCGACUAUAAGAAUGUCGUCCAGGCAUUUGGUCUUACCCCUAAAAACAUCACAAAGAAACUAGGCAGAUUUGUAGGCGGCGCUGAGAAGUUCUUGGAUGACCUCAAGAUCCCUGGCCAGUACGAAUCUGCUUACAGCUCAGAGGCCACGUGGGAUUCGUCAUGCGCGAAGGACCCGGAAGCUUGCGCAGUUGUCUUUGUUGGUAUCGCUCCUAUGUUGUACGCAGGUCUACGUUCGUUGAAGGAAGAAGGUGGUCCUGCUCCUGUAGGAGAGGCGCCCAAUGAGGAGAAGCGGAAUGUAGCGGAUGCAUUGAAAGCAGUUGGUUACGGCGAAGGCUGCCGGGGUGGCUUGAGUCGUUUAGACCUCCAAAAAACGACAAAUCCCGUGGAUUCACAAGCACUGGAUGUAAUAUUUGACCUUGCUGGUUUCUGGGCAUUUUACUAA